UUUGUCAAAUUAUAUAAAUUAAAAACACAAAUAAUUCAUUUAAUAAAAAAUAAAUUUACAUUAACAUAAUGUUAUCCGGAGUGCCUUACCAGUUAUAAUAUACAAAGCUGGAGUUUAAAACCAGAUCUUAAUAGCUUAUCAUGAAACAAAUAAAAAAAAAAAACCUACUUGGAAUGAAAACGUAUUACUUUCUGCACACUUCAUUGAACAAUAAUGACACAUUCAGAGCAUGAGAAAUGAAAUAGUACAUUACUAUAGAGGCCGGGAAACGAAGGGUUGCAGGUCAAGUAGAUAUAGACACCUGGAUGGGGAUAUACGGCCGGCAACCCCGUUUCUCGACGAUGCUUCACUCAAACUUGCAAUGAAAAAAAAUACGUAGGUUUACACGGCUAAAAACAUUACGAAUCUACGAGUACUACUAUUUGAUGGUUCCAUCUGAAAUUCCAACAGAAAUUCCGAUAAAAAGUCCUUAUUGCACUAAUGCACAUGAAGCACAAGGACCCUUCUCUGGAAAGCCAUAUAUUAUUAAGAAUUAUAGUUUUAAAAUUAUGCAUAAUUUGGCGGAUUUAAAGGCAGCUUAACAUCUUGAAUUUCCACAUUUAUUAAAUCGCGUCGAAAGUUAAAUACAUAAUAGAUGUCUAAGAAUCUACUGUAUCCCUUCAGGUGGCAGCACCAUCAGUUGAACGGUGGGGGAAUCCUUUGGUAUGCCAAAGGUGGCCUCAGACCGAGCUGGAUGCACUAGAUCGAUAACUUGCGAUGGACAGAAACAACAACGAUUCGGAGGUGGUACUGACGGGGCUGUCGGGGCGCCUGCCCGAAUCAAGCAACAUCGAAGAAUUCGCGCAGCAGCUGUUCGACGGCGUAGACCUCGUCACUGCCGACGACCGCCGCUGGACACCGGGUGAGCACACUCUAUAUGCAAAUAUGCGACAUGAUUAUUUCUUUAUCAUACAUCAUAAAAAGUCCGUUGCAUACUCGUUCCUGAAAUCUGUUUCGUUGGUUGGUUUAGAUUUGUACGGAUUGCCCGAACGCAGUGGCAAGCUCAAGGACCUAAAGCAUUUCGAUGCUGGUUUUUUCCGCGUGCAUGCUAAGCAAGCACACGUCAUGGACGUGCAGCUGCGGUUGCUGAUGGAGGUGGUGCACGAGGCUAUAGUGGACGCCGGCCUCAACCCCACCGAGUUACGCGGCUCGCGCACCGGAGUCUAUGUCGGUGUUUCUAACUCGGAGACUGAGGAAGUGUGGUAUGCAAACACGGACAACGUUACCGGAUACACAGUGACUGGUUGCGCUCGCUCCAUGUUUGCUAACAGGAUAUCCUACACGUUUGACCUCAAUGGACCAUCGUUAGCCAUUGAUACCGCUUGUUCUAGUUCCAUGUUUGCGUUAGCACACGCCUUUGAUGCCAUUCGCAACGGCUCAUGUGAUGCCGCUGUAGUCGCUGGUACCCAUGUCUGUCUCAAGCCGAGCACCGUAAAUUUCAAAAAGCUGAAUAUGUUAUCGCCUGAAGGACGUUGCGCCGCAUUUGAUGCUAGUGGUCGUGGUUAUGUACGGUCCGAGGCAGUUGUAGCCGUGCUGCUGCAGCGCAGCCGCGAUGCGCGCCGUGUGUACUGCACAGUGCGUGGUGCAGGCAUGAAUAACGAUGGCUUUAAGACGAAGGGAAUCACUUACCCUUCCGGCGUGAUGCAGGGCCGACUUGCCCAAGAGACUUUUGAGAAAGCAAAUCUUCGGCCGCAGGACGUCGUCUACGUGGAGGCACACGGCACCGGUACUAAGGCUGGUGACCCACAAGAACUAAAUGCGAUCGCAGGACUGUUUUGCAAAGACCGACAGACACCUUUGCUAAUUGGUGCAGUGAAGUCCAACAUGGGACAUGCAGAGCCAGCCUCCGGGCUCUGUUCUGUUAUCAAGGUGGUGCUGGCGAUGGAGCGCGGUUUGAUACCCGGUAACCUACACUACCAAAAUCCCAAUGAGAAAAUUCCAGCACUCAGAGAUGGCCGCUUGAAGGUAGUUCAAGAGAACACGCCAUGGAAGGGAGGGCUUGUAGCAGUGAACUCGUUCGGGUUCGGCGGUGCUAACGCAACCGUGAUACUCGAGGGAGGGCGCGGUGAACGUCUGCGGCCCGCCGAAUACCCGAUUCCACGUCUCGUACUGGCUUCGGGCCGCACCGAUGAGGCGACUGAGCGGCUGAUCCGACUGGCCGCUGCGCACCAGCGUGACACUGAGUUGCAUGCUCUUUUCGACGCUGUGCACGCACGUGCCAUCCCCGGUCAUCCAUAUCGCGGGUUUGGCGUGCUAGAUACGGAGCACAAUGUUGAACCCAUUAUUAAGGUGUUGAAAAGUGAAAACGAGGCACGUCCAGUCUGGUUAGUGUUCAGCGGCGUGGGAUCUCAGUGGUCUGGAGCGGCGCGUGAGCUGAUGCGCUUGCCGACGUUCGCGUCAAGCAUCGCGCGCUCAUCUGCGGCACUCAAGCCACAUGGUGUGGACCUUCAGUACGUUAUUACAGACGCACCAGACACUAUCUUCGACAAUAUCAUCAACACUUUCGUAUCCAUCACCGCCAUACAGGUGGCAUUGGUGGACGUGUUACGCGAGCUGGGUGUGCACCCCGAUGGUAUUAUCGGUUCUUCUUGCGGCGAAAUCGGGUGCGCAUACGCCGACGAGGCUCUGACGGUGGAACAAGCGGCGCUUUGCGCUUAUUGGCGCGGGUUCAGCCUUCUGGACGCGCGGCUAGCCCCGGGCGCCAUGGCCGCCAUCGGUAUGUCCUGGGAAGAAGCUCAACGACUCUGCCCACCUGACGUUGAAUGCGCUUGCUACAACACCGCUAACGAUAUCUUGGUCUCAGGCCCUCCUGCUUCAAUUGAAAAGUUUAUGGCAGAACUAUCCGCAGAAGGUGUGUUUACGCGGCGCAUCAAAAGCUCAAAAAUGGCAUUUCACAGCAAGUAUAUUGCUCCUGCCGCGCCAAUCCUGCAUGCCAACCUGCUAAAAGUUAUCCCCGAGCCCAAGUCGCGCAGCGAGCGCUGGCUUUCAACCUCUGUACCACAGGAACAGUGGAACUCAGAUUUAGCAAAGUUAAGUGACGCCACGUACCACGUCAACAACUUCACGUCACCAGUUCGGUUCGCAAUGGCGCUGGCUCAUGUGCCAGAGAAUGCACUGGUUGUGGAAUUGGCGCCGCACGCUCAGAUGCAGGCGGUGCUCAGGAGCACGCUGCCUGACGCGGUGCACAUCCCACUGCUGCACCGUGAGGCGCCCGACGCGCUUGUACAUUUGCUCACCGGUGUAGGCAAGAUCUACGCAGCCGGCUUGCAACCAGAGGUGGCGCGUUUAUAUCCGGCGGUGUCCUGGCCCGUGUCGUGCGGCACACCCUCACUCGCAUCUCAUAUUGGCUGGGACCAUUCCGUCGAGUGGACCGUGGCGGACUGCAAGACGGCCGCCAGUAGCGGUCAAAACGUCGUCGAGUACAACCUCAACAAUCCAGAAGACGCUUUCUUCUUCGGAUACAAUAUUGAUGGCAGGACCCUCUUCCCCGCCACUGGAUACCUCACCCUGAUGUGGAUGACUAUGGCCAAGAUGCAAAAGGUAAAGAUAGAGGAAGCAGCGGUGGUGAUAGAGAAUAUGCAGUUGCGUCGUGCUACCGUCAUAUCUCGUGAUGCGCCGAUUCGGUUUCUUGUCACAGUCUUUAGUGGCUCUGGAGAAUUUGAGAUUUGCGAAGGCGGUGACGUCGUGGUUUCGGGAUCCAUACGACUCAUCAACGACCCUGCUUCAGAGCGUCUGCCCUCUACCACGCUAGAUACAGACGAGCAAAAGGAGGACCUGCCGUCACUCACCUCUGCAGAGGUUUACAAGAUAUUGCAUCUUCGUGGUUACAACUACGAGGGGUUAUUUUGCGGGAUCCAGUCUUCGAAUGCGCGUGCCACGUGCGGCAUGAUCAACUGGGUUGAAAAUUGGAUUUCAUUUAUGGACACAAUGCUUCAAUUCGAUUGUUUGGGCCAAGAAUGCUGUGGAUUAUAUUUGCCUACGUUUAUCCAAAGCGUAGUUAUUGACCCUAUGGCACAGCGAGCAGCGGCGACGGUGUUCAACGGCGGCCCAUUGCCCGUUAAGGUGCUCCGUGACAUUGAUAUAGUCGUGGCGGGCGGCGUAGAACUCCGUGGCGUAAAAUACUCACUGUCACCCCGCCGCGUCAACGUUGCGUUAACGCCCGAUCUUGACAAAUAUGUAUUUAUUCCGUUUGAACGAGUAUGUGCAGACACGGAAGAGCGUUAUGCAGCCGCCACAUUACAUCUGGCGCUUGAGAACUGCAUCGUGCACAAGUUGAAAGUCGCCGAACUAGCGCUAAAUCGCCCUGCGGAAGCGCUGGUGCUGCCAUACGCUAAGAAAGUACUGGAGGCGGAGCCGCGAGUUCUCGUGGACGGGACGGUGGUCGCCGGCGCCGCCGCGGCGCAGUACUCCGAAGCAAUGGCCUCGCAGGGAGUGCAAGUGUCAAAUCAAGAAGUAGAAAGCGAAGGCUUUAGGACAGAUUGGCAUGUGAUCUUGGCAACAGAUCUGCUGACCUAUCGGCCCGGUUCACUGACUGCGGCGGCCUCGGCAGCGAGCUUCAUCGUACUGGAUGAACCGGCACUGGCGUCUGACCAACCUGCUGUGCAAUCGAUGCUUGAGAAAACAGGCCUUACGCUAAUAUCGCGCGCUCGCACCACUUCGCGUGAGUAUUUGCUGCUGCGGCGCGUAGCGGCUGUGCCGGCGACGAAGAUCGUUAUAGAAGCGCGUGACGACGACUUCGCCUGGGUGGAUAAUCUGAAGGAUGCCAUGAAACGCGCAGAACACGAAAACUUGCGCGUGUAUUUGUGGUCGAGCGAGCAAGGUUCCGGCUUGCUAGGGCUAGGCACGUCCCUCAAGUUGGAGUCCGGUGGGGAUCGUUUACGGGUAUUCUACCUGCCCGGAGGAGAGGCCUUCGAUCCUGCUGCGCCGAUGUAUUGCGCGCAAGUGCAACUCGACCUGACCGUGAAUGUGCUGCGCGUAGGCGUCUGGGGCACCUUCCGUCAUCAGUCGCUCGGUGACGUCAACGAGGCUCUGCUGCAGGUGGAACAUGCAUACGUGAUUACGUUGACGCGCGGUGACCUGUCAUCACUGCGCUGGAUCGAGAGUGACUUGCGUUACGCCUCGGUCACGUCGCGCCCUAACACCGACCUGUGCCGCGUCUAUUACGCGCCGCUCAACUUCCGUGACGUCAUGAUCGCCACGGGUAAGCUCCCGCCCGACGCGCUACCUAGGGACCUCGCUGAACAGGAAUGCAUCCUCGGCUUAGAGUUUAGUGGUGUCUCAUCAACUGGCAAACGUGUGAUGGCCUUGGUGCCAGCCAAGGGCUUAGCAACCACGGUACUGGCUGAUAAGAGUUUUAUGUGGGAAAUUCCAAAGCGGUGGACGCUGGAGGAGGCGGCAACGGUGCCUGUGGCGUAUGCGACUGCGUACUAUGCGCUGGUAGUCCGUGGGCGAAUGCGGCGCGGCGAGACCGUGCUAGUGCACGCGGGCGCGGGCGACGUCGGCCAGGCGGCUAUCGCCAUCGCCCUGCACGCUGGCUGCACCGUCUUCACGACCGUGGGCACGCCUGAUAACCGCGGCUUCCUUCUCGAGCGCUUCCCGCAGCUUCUGGAUGCUAACGUUGGUCAAUCACGCAACUGCUCUUUUGAACAACUAGUGCGGCUCCGCACGCACGGCCGCGGUGUCGAUGUCGUGCUUAACUCACUUGCGGGCGAUAAGCUGCAAGCGUCGCUUCGCUGCCUCGCCGAGGGCGGUCGCUUCCUCGAAAUUGGCAAGGUGGACCUGAGCGCUAAUAUGCCGUUCGGCAUGUCCGUACUGUUGAAGAACAUCACUGUACACGGAAUUUUACUAGAUGCGCUGCUGGACGAGCGCUGCGACCACCCUGAUAAGGCAGAGGUGUCAAACUGUAUAACCGAGGGCAUUGCCACUGGGGCCGUGCGUCCGCUGCACGCCACUGUUUACUCCUACAACCAGCUUGAACAAGCAUUCAGGUUAAUGGCGACGGGUGAGCACAUCGGCAAGGUGCUGAUUCGCGUACGCGAGAAGGUUGACGGUGAUCUGGCACUAGUGCAGCUAAUCCCUGCCCUGCCGAAAACUUAUAUGCACCCAGAGAAGAGCUACGUGCUCGUCGGUGGGCUGGGAGGCAUCGGUCUGGUGCUGGGCGAGUGGCUGGUGGGUCGCGGCGCACGCACGCUCGUCUUUAGCUCGCGCAGAGGUGUACGUACUGGAUACCAGGCCAGGUGCAUUCGCAGAUGUCGCGAAGCGGGCGUCCGGGUUGUAGUAUCUACUGCGGAUGCGUGUACGGCGCAGGGGUCACGUGCGUUGCUGCUUGAAGCGGCGUCGGCGGCGCCGAUCGGCGGCAUCUUCAACCUCGCCGCCGUUUUGCACGACGCACUCCUCGAGAGACAAACCCCGGAGCAUUUCCAAGCUAUCGCCCGCCCUAAGAUUAAUGCAACUCGUGAGCUGGAUGCCGCAUCGCGCGAGUUAGCGCCAGAGCUAGAGUAUUUUGUGGCGUUUUCAUCAGUAUCCGCCGGCCGUGGAGCCUACGGAAUGAAUGCUUACGGGUUCGCCAAUAGCGCUAUGGAGCGGCUCUGCGAACAGCGGCAGGCGGACGGGUUUCCAGCGCUAGCUGUGCAGUGGGGCGCCAUCGGCGACGUGGGCAUGAUCGUUGACAUAAUCGGCUACCGCGACAUCGAGAUCGGUGGCAUGAGAACGCAGACCAUCAGCUCAGUAUUAGAGACGCUGGGUGUGUUUCUGUCGCUGCCGCAUGCCGUCACCGCCUCCACGGUCGUUGGCGAUAAAGGACGGGCCACUGACCAGUCGCUAGAGCACCUCCUGCAAGCCGUCGCCGACAUCCUAGGUAUCACCGAUUUGGACAAGGUGAAUGAGACGGCGACGCUGGCCGAGCUGGGUAUGGACUCACUGAUGAACACCGAGAUCAAACAGGUGCUGGAGCGCGGCCACGACGUGUUUCUUAGCGCUCGUGAGGUGCGCGCGCUUACCUUCCGCGCUAUGCGUGACCUUGGAGUAUCUGCCUCGCGCUGAAGAAGAUGUCUGCUGUUAGUUUUUCAUUAGGUGCACACUUCCACGAUAGUUCACUGCAUAAUAAGCUAUCAAUAUUACACUUUAAAUAACAUUAAUGAGCAAAACACAGCAAAAAAAUUCUCGAGACGUCUUCGCCAUCUUGAAUCUCAACGCGAAGGGUUAUCUUCCCAUAAAAAAAUAGAAAUUCGCGCCUUUUUCUACUGACAAUCUUGUUUGACCGGCUGUAAUUGGGCGAUCAAUACUCUGCGCCAACUUUUUUUUUGAGUUUGUGAUUAGUAAUAAGAGCAAAAGUACAAGUUUUAAUUUCAGGGCACCAAUAAUUAAAAAAGUAUUCUUUGAAUGCUUGUAAUAAAAGAAACUUGUACAAAAACUGAAUAAACAAAAAAGUAUGAUUAUCUAUGUGCUUACAAAGAGUUAAAGUAGUGGGUUCAUGGGUUGUUUGUCAUUUUAGUCGCCGUAUGGCGUUGGCGCUAGUUGUAAUCGCAGGUGUAAUGUACGGCUAAGAUCAGUUUGGCCCGAUAUAACAGCUGUACGUAAUAGGCGCAUGGCACACUGCAUCCGAUUCGCAUGAGGCUCCGACGUGAAAGCGGGAUGUCACUAUAAUACGAGCAUAGCGUUGUCUCGCUCAAAUAUCGAAGCGACGUGCGAAUCGUAUGCAGUGUGCCAAGGGCCCACACAACGAUUAUUAUAAUUAUUGAAAUGAAAAAACUUAUAACAUCUUUGUCUUCUGUGUAUUUUAUUAGUACAUUACUAUUAUAAUUGGAAUGUUACUGAAAUUUUAUAAAGGAAUAUAGAAGGCUUAAUUAUUACUUUAGACGACGGGAAACGAAGGGUUGCAGAUCAAGUAGAUAUAGACUAGAAGUAGGAUAGGGAUACGCGGCCAGCAACUCCGUUUCUCGCCGAGAUUUGUAUAGUGCUUUUCUCAAACUUGCAAUGAAAUAAUAAUUUAAAAAAAAUAUGAUGAUAAUGAUGAUGAUUGUUUCAUGUCCUAAUGUGAUAGGUUAUUCAGUGCGUCGGGUAUUGAAGGGGAACAGAAAUGUGAUUAUUUUGGCGCUACGGCGCACGCUAUUUAAGCCUUUUUUUCAUUAUGCUUUAAUUUUUUUUCUUUUUGUGUUUUUAGGGUUCCGUUGUCAACUAGGAACCCUUAUAGUUUCGCCAUGUCCGUCUGUCUGUCUGUCUGUCUGUCUGUCCGAGGCUUUGCUCCGUGGUCGUUAGUGCUAGAAAUCUGAAAUUCGGCAUGGAUAUAUAAAUCAAUAAAGCCGACAAAGUCGUACAAUAAAAUAUAUUCGGAGAUAAUCGCUCCGAAAGAAAAAAUAAAUGUGUUCCCCCCUCUAACUUUUGAACCAUAGGUCCAAAAAAUAUUUUUCCUUGUCCCUUUUGGACGCCUGAAAUAAUAUUUAACAAACACAAAAAAAAAAAAACAAAAAAAGAAAAAAAAACAUAAUGGCAGAAUUUAUCUUAUUUAUUACAAGUUUAAGAAAAUUAAGUUGGGUGUUAAUUAUUCUUGUUACCUGACGUGAUUGUUUGACCGGAAGAUCUGCGCUGUAAGUCGCAUUUCGUGGCACUUUCUCCUUUUCAUAUUUUGUAUAAUUGUCUAUUUUAUGUUUAUACUUACCAGCUUACGAAUAAAUAAUUUUUAUUCUAUUCAAUAAAAUAGUUUUAACAAA